UGAAAUAUGAUAUUUUUCAGUUACAGAUACCUGUAAAUGGGCUUAAUAAUAUUAAGUAGAAUAUUGUUGAAAUUUCACUUAUUUUUCUCAAGAAAUUUCAGGCUAAUUGUGCUGUAUGUAGCCACUGAGCUAAAACUGAGUUGGACACCUCUAGUUUAGCUGUCAAUUCUAUUUUUUUCCUGGAUAAAAUCUCUGAACUAGAUAUGAAAGUUGUUGUAAUUUAAGAUCAGAUUUGUGAGAUUAUCUGCCGGGCCAGAUAGUGAUGCUGGCGGGCCAGUUUUGGCUCACGGGCCACCAAUUGCUCACCACUGCUUUAGGAGAUUGAUAUGAAAAGAUGAGCAGGUUUAAAAAAAACAACAACAACAGAAGGAUAAAUACUGAAUGAAUGAAUAAAAGUGGAAAAGUCGAAACAGAAAGUGAUCAUUUCUUUCUUCCACGCCCUCCAGUCAUAGAAAGCUAACGGGACGUGUUGCACGUGUCUGCUGCGGGCUAUUUAUAGCGUCUGUUGAUGUUUUUUUUUUUUGGGACUGUACCUGAACGCAGCACAGAAGCAGUUGGGCGACUUGCGCUGUGACGCGCAGCCGCGGCGGGGCGGAGGGAAGGGGGCGUGUCUCUGAUGAAAUCAGCUGGGGAAACAAAACAACCGAGGAGGAGGAGGCGGAGGCUCGUUCCACCUCGGAUCUUUGAGGCGAGUUUUGUGCAACAUUCCAGCGGAUUAAAGGCGUCAGUCACAGCGACACGGCGUUAACUCUGUGCGUCGGCGGCGGUGAAGUGUUUGGAAGAUAAAAGAAAGGAUCAGAGGAGGACGAGGAGGAUGUGACAAGGGAAGGAGCGCCUGUCCUCUCCUGCACGCGCUACGUCCACUGUUGCCUCUUUGUGUCCGUGUGUGUGUGUGUGUGUGUGUUUGCUGCUGUCUGACUGACUGACAUAAAAGACGGCGACCACGUUCUGCGCGCGCGUCUUUUGUCCGGUUCGAGUGACCGGCUGAACCACGAGCACAGUGGCAUGUGGGUCAACUCCGGAACCGUCGGAAGGGCCCUCUCCAUGGAUAUAGACACAGACUAUGAGCGGCCCAAUGUGGAAACCAUUAAAUGUGUGGUGGUUGGGGAUAACGCUGUAGGCAAGACCAGGCUCAUCUGUGCCCGGGCCUGCAAUGCCACCCUCACACAGUAUCAGCUGCUUGCCACCCACGUGCCAACCGUCUGGGCCAUCGACCAGUACCGUGUAUGCCAGGAGGUUUUAGAGAGAUCUCGUGAUGUAGUGGAUGAGGUCAGCGUGUCCCUGAGGCUGUGGGACACAUUUGGGGAUCAUCACAAAGACAGACGAUUUGCCUACGGCAGAUCCGACGUCGUGGUGCUUUGUUUCUCUUUGGCCAAUCCCAACUCCCUGCGCCAUGUCCGCACCAUGUGGUUUCCGGAGAUCAAGCACUUCUGUCCGCGGACACCCAUCAUCCUGGUCGGCUGCCAGCUGGAUCUGCGCUACGCCGACCUGGAUGCCGUGAACCGCGCACGACGACCCCUCGCCAAACCAAUUAAACCGACAGACAUCCUUCCUCCCGAGCGAGGCCAUGAGGUGGCAAAGGAACUUGGGAUUCCCUACUAUGAGACCAGCAUUGUUGCCCAGUUUGGAGUGAAGGAUGUUUUCGACAAUGCCAUCCGAGCCGCCCUGAUUUCCCGUCGGCACCUGCAGUUCUGGAAGUCCCACCUGAAAAAGGUCCAGCGGCCCCUCCUCCAGGCGCCCUUCCUGCCUCCUCGUCCACCACGCCCCAUAGUGGGCAUCCCGGACCCCCCUCCCACAGACGGCGAAGGCCCCGAUUCCCUUUUCUGCCUGCCGCUGUGUGCAGAUGUUCUUUUCCUCCUGCAGGGUGGCACCACUCGCGUCUUUGCACACAAAGUCUAUCUGGCCACUUCCUGCUCCAAGUUUUACGACCUCUUCACCCUCGACUUUGGCGCGUCCUGUGUGGUGCCAUGGGGGGAGGAACAGGAGAACAAGGAAAGCGUGGAGAGUGCGGAGGAAGAAGAGCAGAGCAGGAGAGGAGCAAAGGAGCAAGCUGGGCGCACUAAGAGCCUGGACAUUGACAAAGACGGACUUGAUGGAGGCGUGCGCGGCCUGAAUCAACCCCAGCUGCUCCAGCAGGGCUCUUUGAGGACGUCCCAGAGCGAUAAUGCACUCCCAUCUCGAGCCCAGUACUUCCUGGGAGAGCAAGGGACUGGUCGAGUACUUUCAGGAUGGGGGAGAGGUUUCCUGACUGUGUAUCUGGAGCAUGUUGAUGAUCCAGUGACAGGAAGACCACGACUUAUGACUGUGGUAGCCAUGGAUGCACUUAUACAGGAAGAACCAUUCAAGGCAGUGCUCCAGUACCUGUACACGGGCAGCCUGGAUGAGGGCCGGGGAGAUCUGAUGCAGGUGGCCACCAUCGCAGAGCUCCUCGAGGUGUUUGACCUGCGCAUGAUGGUGGCCAACGUCCUGAACCGAGAGAGCUUCAUGAACCAGGAGAUCACCAAGGCCUUCCAUGUCCGCAGAGCCAACCGCAUCAAGGAGUGUCUCAAUAAAGGGACCUUUGCUGAUGUGGUGUUCCGACUAGACGAUGGCUUCCUCCCGGCACACAAGCCCCUGCUCAUCUCUAGCUGCGACUGGAUGGCCGCCAUGUUCCGUGGCCCCUUUAUGGAGAGCUAUGUUGAGGAGGUGUCCAUUCCUAACACCAGUGCAUCCUGCAUGCAUGGGGUUCUGGAGUUUCUGUACUGCGGUCUGCUGACACCCUGUCCUGGUCUAGAGCCCAUGGAAAUGAUUAUUCUGGCCAACCGCCUGUGCUUGCCACGCCUCGUUUCCCUCACAGAACAGCACGCUGUGGAUGAACUUCUCCAGUCGGCAGUGAAAGGAGUCGACGUUGACGGACAGGUGUUGGCUUACCUCGAGCUCGCACAGUUUCACAAUGCCAAACAACUCUCAGCCUGGUGUCUCCAUCACAUCUGCACUAAUUAUAACAGCAUCUGCCGCAAGUUUCCCAAAGACAUGAAGGCCAUGGCUCCAGAAAACCAGAGGCACUUUGAGAAGCAGCGCUGGCCUCCGGUGUGGUUCCUGAAGGAGGAGGACCGCUAUCUGCGCUCUCAGAAGGAGCGCGAGCGCGAGGAGGAGAUCCUGCGCAAGCAGCACACCAAGCGGGGCUGGUGUUUCUGGAGACACACGUCGUCCUCGCCGCAUGUCUCCUAAACGCCUCACUGGCCGCCUCGGUCAUCAGUGCUUCAGCGUGUUUGAGGGAAUGUUUGUGCCUCUUGAUAAUCGUGGGUGACUUCAUGAAUGCAUUUUUGGUACGCCUGUGUGACAAGUGUGUGGGGGCGCGAGUAUAUGCGUGCCAUUUUUGAGUUUAGUUCUUCCCAGAUGCCGCGAUCUGUAAAGGGCCUGUGGCGUUGCAGUGCAGCCCUGUCCCCCCCCUCCCGUCCCCGUCCUGUCCCCCUCCACAGCAGCUCUGUCCCUUCACCAGCACUCACAGUGUCUCAGCCUUUGAGUGAUUGGACUGGGAGCAAGGGCUCUCUGUAUCUCUCUCAGUCUGCACCCUUCACAUUGACCUUAAUGACUAAAACAUGUUAAUACCGCGACCUCUGCCUUCACUUUCUACAGACUGUUAGACGUCACAUACAAAUCUGUGCUCAAAGUCCCACCCCCCCCUGCCUAAAACCAGCACUGGAUUCCCAGGAACUGUUGCUGACCACACAAUCAUGAUUUUGCUAUUAUUUGAUCUUUAUAUAUAGAUGUUUGCACCUUCUUGGAUGCUCAUAUCAGGGGAAACGGUGCACACUGCUCCCAGGAAGAGCUUUAGAAAAGCAAUGUGAUCGUAACUGUCAUCACCCUCUGGUCUUGUCCCGAUGUGGUCCGAGGUGUCUCAUCGUCGUCCACCCCUGCAUGCCCCGCCCCCCUUGAGCACUUCAGAGACAUUCAAAGUGACCACUCUAUAGCAAUGUUGGGGGGGGGCGGUGGGGGGGUAAAGAGGUUUUGAGCCUUAUUGGAUACUGUCACAGAGGGCAACGACGACACAGUAUUAACCACUAGGUUGCAUUUGAGCACCUCAGCCAGCCUGCCUUUACACCCCUACCACACUAGGGGCAGCACUGCUCAGGGCACCUACCACUAACCCUCACAGAGUGUUAAUAAUGCCUGUAUGUAGUUUUCAGUCGUUAGGAGAACAUGAGAACAUGUCUUACUCGAGUUGUUGCAAAGUGUUAGGAAAAACAAACAAAAAACUUGCACAGUGUUUUAGAAAACGAUGAAAAUGAUUUCCACCCGAUUCCGAAAUGCCAAAGCUGCGACGCAUUUGAAUCUCUUUUCUUCCUCGUCAUUUUUUUUCUCCAUUUCUGCUUCCCUUGCUUCUUAGAGAAGUGAAGAAAAAGUGGAUUGUGGGUGCGGCGUGACAUUUGAGUCCCCCCCCCGCCGCCCCCGUUUGCCUUCCGUUCCUCUUGCUGGAAUUGAAAACGGUGCUUUCGGUGUCCACGGAAACGCACAAACAAAUAUGCGAUGUGGCGUUCGCAGGUUUCGUGUUCAGUGGUGAGGAAUGCGUGGAAACGUUAUGUUUUAGUGUUUUUUUUUGCUUCUACCAUAGAGGGGUUGCGUUUCUAUUUAGGAAGAAAAAAAAUAGAUUCCCCAUCCUUAACAAGGAAAAUAGUGUUACUUAAGUUUGAAUUUGCAUAAAUGUUGUCAUAAAUGGCAAAUGUAAUGUUUUUUUUUUUUAAUUUUCUUUUGCUGAGGGUGCUAAUUUCUUUGGGCUUUAGUGGUGAAUGUAAAAAAACAACAAGUCUGCGCGUUAAUGAGCUUCUAUUAGCAUGUUUGUGCUAUUUGUGGUUUUUUUUUAACGCCCCUUCAGCUCUGCCCGAGGUUGAUGGACGGAUGGUGUGAGGCAUGUGGAGUGUGUGUGUGUGUGUGUGUGUGUGUUGCGGUGUUCCUCCACUGGAGGUGUGUGUGAAAGUCAUUGUCAGCUACUGAAAUAGACGCCGGAGAGAGAGAGAGAGGAUCUCACGAGACCCAAGUGAGAAUUGAACUGAUUCCGUUUUUGGGGGGAAAGGGUGAAAGUGGAGUAUUAAGUGCAUCACACGCAACCUGGGUUAUUCCACGGAUAGUUAAAUCCACCCCAGUGCAGAGCUGUGGGUAUUUAACUGAUAUUGACAGCUGACGAGAUACAAGUUGGGUGUUUUUUUUGUUGUUUUUAAUUCCCUGCUUAUUAAUAGUUGCCUCCUCUCUCGGUCCAUGUGCCUUAUAGUUGGACGAAACUUAAUAGUUUGGGGUUUUAAGCAACAUCUUCAAUCACACCUGCAGACAGGUUCUGUGGUGACUGAUGCAGGGACACUGUAGACAAUUGCCAUGAUGAUGAUGUCACAACUGCACGACGUUCAUCCGUCUUGAUUUCACGAGGCGACCCGAGCCGCCGACUUCAUUUUCGAAGUGUGACUGUAGGAAAAGCACAGGUGCGAAUAAUAAAUUCAAUAACCAGGGGCUGUUAAAUAGAACAGAGCCGUUGUUAAAGUCAUCAGGGACACCGGCGGCCUUUUCCAACCGCGGCGAGGCAAAAUGUAGUCGUGCCCCGCGACUGCUCGUUUCCACGCAGACACAAAUGGCCUUAAAUCAGUCUCUUAAUAGAGUACAAGGCAGUAGGUUGUUGUUCUAAUGUCAUGGCUUUAGAUUAGGGAAGAGUUUUCUACAUUUUGUAAUAAGUAAGAUGUAGAGGAACUCUAAAUGUGCUUGAUUUCUGCAAUGCAAGUUCAGAACCACUGAUGUUUAGAUAGAAAGAUUGUUUUAUUUAGAUUUUUUUUGGUUUUUUUUUUUAUGAGCACUGGCUGGCCUGUGCACUGGGAGGGUGCAGCCUCUUUUGGAAUGUGGUUCAUUUGCAUGGUGGCCUAUCUUUGUCAUAAUAUUGACACUUUGGUGUUGGAAUGCACUUUUCUAUGUUGUUUUUUUGGUUUGUUUGUUAUUUUGUAGUUCAAUUUUUUUUUUUACUGUACCUCUUUGUGCUUAGCAUGAAUUGCUCCUUUACGUACGAUUGUUUUCCAAACUUGAAUGACUGUAGCACAGUAUUGUCCCCACACACACACA